AUGCAACUCUACACACUGGGACCGGCCUUUGGGCUGCCGUCCAUUGAUGCAGAAUGUUCGGCAGCUGUCGCUCUGUUGCAAUUAUACGCGCGCGGAAAAUACGAAAUCAUUCCCACUCACGACACGCGAACGCCGCUCCCUCGUUUGAUCGAUGGGACCGCAAGAAUUUUUGGCUUCAAUAAUAUCGUGCGACACCUCGUCGAUAAGAGGAUCGCCAUAUCAGAAACCAGUCUAGACAAAGGUCAACGGGCACUAUGCACCGCUAUCGCAUCACUGGUGGAAUCACAAGCCCAGACACUCUUAGACAUCUCGCUCUACGUCGGCUUCGAAAACUAUCGUCUCGCAACACGACCUGCCUUUAGCAAGAUUUUACCUUGGCACGCAAAUUACAUCUUACCGCCUACCCGACGCUCUGCCGCACGAAGUCGAACCGAACAUCUCGGAAUUUCUAGCAUCGAUGUGGAUGAUGUGCAUGAAGAUAUGAGUAAUAGGCCCGAAGGCUUUGAUGGUGUUGGCAAGCAGCCACAAUUCGAGGCUGAGACGCAGAAGAGGGCGAGUCUGCUGUUGCCGCGAAAGGAGACGGUGCGGUCUUUGCUGCAGAGACCUGAACACGCAGCUAUCUUCAAGCUGAACGCUUUGGCGGACAAUUUCUUUGAGCCGUUGCAGGAGAUUCUGGGUGAUAAUGUCUACGCGGUUGGGGGAGAGCUUGCGGCUGUUGAUUGUCUGGUGUAUGGAUACCUCAGUCUCAUGCUCUAUCCAGAGCUUCCGCAGGACUGGCUGUCGGCGACCAUGAAGAGGAAGUACAAAAGUUUGGUUGCGUAUGUCGAGCGUAUACACGCGAAAUUUUCGCUGAACACCAAUGUUGAGGCAGUGAUGGAUUUGAGCAAAUGCGAAUCUCACGCAGCCGUGCUUGCCAAGAGAGAGGCAUCCAAGACCGUGCUCCCAUGGAGCUCACCGCAUACAUCCAAUGCAUCUGAAGCCCUCCAAACUCUUUGCACAGGCAUCUGGGAUCAGAUCCCAUUACUUGGAGACCCGAACAAGCUCCAAUUAUGGCACGCAAAGAAGCUCCCAUUCUUGCAAAGCAAUCUCACAUUUCUCCUGCUUUCCACGACAACUUUGCUUGCUUUGGCUGGUUAUCUGUCGGUCUCUACGGGCUUGCUGCUCUGGCCGAGAGGUGAAGAGGUUCAUAUCUUUGGUAGGAGACGGAUGUCGGAUUUGGGACACCUUGGAGCAGCACUGGCCGGUGUCAACUUCAUUAGUCGCCCGAGUGCACCGCAGCGUUGAAUGUUUGAACGUGGAAGACCCAUGCGCUUGGAAUCUCCGGGCCGUAAUCGACGAAUUCACGAGCAUCGAUGUCGCCGUUGCUCGCCGACAUGGUAUCAAUUCUGGAUACUCCACACAUGCCGUGCAAUACCCGCAUUGGAGAUGAAAUGAGUGAUGGGCAUGUCUUGUGCCUGUGUGCCACCCAUUGCUCCCUUUGCAAGGAGAUGCGGCUGGGCAAGGCAAGCAAGCCUGGCGCCACGCCUGAGACCAGUGCUUGAGUCGCAUGAAGCAUACAGGACAAGCAACUCGGCCUCAAUUCCGGCUUUUUUAGCGGCACCGUCGUCCGUAGGAGUUGCAGGAUUACUACCGACACUUGCCGGACUGAUG